AUGAGCCACAAUACGCCCCCAUCGCCGGCGCCGACAAGCGCGGAACCGCUCCCCUCGGGGUUCAGCGAGUUGUUGCAACAUAACGAAGCUGCAUCGCAUCCACCCAACGCGAUGCCCGCCGAAUCCGUCCAUGCGCACUCGCAACCAGACAACAGUCCGUACGGGCCCAUCCCAGAGCCUUAUAGCACCCCGGCAACUUCACCGCCGACGCCGUCGAGGGGAUCAGAUGUCGUGGCCACUCGGAGCGCCACCCGGAGCGGCAACGCCCGCGGAGAGAUUGUCGCGAAGGUGUUGGGCCCGCGGAGCACGCGAAUCGAGAAGCCGACGCCUAAGAGGAAAAAGGAACGGGCCAAGCCGCCGAAGAACAUGCCAGUGCUGGACAAGCCCAUGAGCGAGCUGACCAAGAAUUCGUCCAUACCGGUCGCCGACAUCGACGCGUACGUGCGGCGAUCAUCGGAGGUCCGGCGGCAGGAGGUCGAGACGGGCAAGAACCCCGGGCGGGUCAAGAGGCCGAUGAAUGCCUUCAUGCUGUACCGGAAGGCGUAUCAACAGCGUGCCAAGGAAUGGGCAUCGCAGCAUAACCACCAGAUCGUGUCCCGAGUCUGUGGCAUGAGCUGGCCUUUGGAGCCCGAGCACAUCCGGCAACAGUUUAAGUUGUGGGCGGAUAUCGAACGGGACAACCACCAGAAAGCGCACCCCAAUUACAAGUUCACCCCGGCCAAGCCGCAUAAGCCACCCAGCAAGUUCGAGGGGGGAGGGUUCGACGACCACAGCGACGGGUCAGACCUCGACGACUAUGACUGGGCCGGCCAAGGCUCUUCCCGGAUGCGAUCGGCGACCCACACGCCCGGCGCCGACAGCGACUACAUCCCGAGCCGCGCGGUGUACGCGGCGACGCACUCGCAGCCACACCAGGUCGCCGGGAUGCACGCGAUAGGAAUGAUGCACCCGCACCACACCCGCUCGGCGGCCUUCGACUUCAACCCGGUCAAACCCAUGCCAGCUGCGUACGACCACCGAGACCUGCCAGGACAGUAUUAUGAAGCACACGUGCGCAACCCGCAGCAGAGACUGCACCACGGCGCCGUCGAGGACGCGCUUAUGCACCGGACUCCGUCUCCGAGCUUGGCGUUCCCCCAGGUGAAUGUCGGGCUGCCCUCGCACUACGAGCUCAACCAGUACAAUCACAAGGUCGAGCACUCGCCCGAGCCCCAGUUCCAGCCCCAGCAGCAACAGCAGCAGCACCAUCAUCAUGCCCAACACCUCGAUCACCGGAUAGACCCGUCGCUGCUGCCGCAGGACGAAGCCUUGUUCGGCACGGGCAACUUCAACACGGUGCCCAGCAUCUUCGACAGCGGUCUUGCGGCGCCGCAGCACACGUGGCAGGCGGCGCACCUGCCGGCAGGCACCGAGACCGAGAGCCAAUUCCCGCACGCCUCCUUUCUGGGCCUGGAUGAGACACUGUCCCUGGAGCAGCACGCUCAGUUUCUGAAGGGGGCCGAUGAGUGGCAAAUAGAACCCCUCCCCGAGACGGCGCACUUCGACACGAGCUGGGUUGAGCCCAAGGCCGAGCCCUGA